CCACUUUUAGAUACGUAACCGGGCCGUUCUCGCUCUGCUGUCGGUCGCCUGUGUCCGAUUUGCGAGUUUUACUGGGACUUUUCCGCUCGCGCUCGCGGCUUUAUUCUCCAUCCAAGCAGCCACGAACUUAUAAUAUACGCACUGCGCUCAGCCGCUCGAUCGACUCAGGCUGUGAAUUCCGUUUCUCCCUAACCAAGCCCAACAGUUCCCUUAGACUAGUGUUUUCCGCCUUUCGUCGUUCCGCGGCUCCACGUGGACUCCGUGGAUUUGCACGCGGGUACGAGGUGAACCUAGUCGACUCAAAAUUCAUCUCUAGCAUUAUUUCUCACAAGACGAAGAAGACGAUUAGAAGGACAGGCCGAAACCUCUAUCGAAGUAAGAUUCCGUCUUCGGACGCCGAUCCCGCGACGUGGCGCGUGUCGUAAUCGCUUCCGGAUCAGUCUGAAGGGCGUACUGAUGACUCGCCGUGGCAGUGACAGCAGUAAGCUCGCGCGGUUCAGUAGUAGCCGCUCCGCGAUUGUGGCUCCGCUAGUAGUUCUUCUGGUGCUGGCAAGCUCAUCCGCGAUACAAGCAGCACCGCUAAGAGGCCCACGCAGCGGAAUGGCGAGGGACCCGCGAGAUUACAUUCAAUUGCCGGAAGACGACAACGCGGCGACCGCCACGGAGCUGCCUUCAUUCGAGCGGUCCAUGGAGCUAUAUCGCGCGUGGGAGCGGAUCUAUGGCCUCGCCGACCCCGCGCAGCCGCCCGCGCGCAUCUCCUUUCCGCCCAGCGUUCCGCGCGCGCCGCACCUGGAGGACUGCUCGGCGCGCAGCGCGUUCCGCUGGCAGACGGAGGCGCGCGGGGCGAACGGGGAAGCGCCCGCGUGGGCCAGCGCGCCUAGCGGGUGCCGGUACCCGCAACCCCCGUGGGUGCGCGGGUCGGACGCCGCCAAUCUCGCCGCCACGCGCCAGGCGCAGGCGGACCUCUGGCUGCACCAGUUCCCCGCGCCCUCCCCCUCCGCCUCCGCCGCUGCUUCCGCGCAACCCGGCAGCACUGGUGGGGAUUGCGGCGGGCAGCGGCUGCUGGUGGUGCCGUGGCCGGGGCGCGUGAACGGCAUCGGGUCGCAGAUCCACGUGAUGAGCGCGUGGCUCAACCUGGCCGUGGCGCACGACCGCAUCCUGGUGCCCACUCCCGGGUCCUUCUCUCGCGCCAACCACUCCCACUGCACUGGCCGGCACACGGGCUCCUUCUCCUGCUACUUCUUCCCGCUCGUCUCUCGAGCAUGCGAGGAGGCAGCAGUGGCAGCCAUCUCAUCCGUGUCAGCAGCGGCACCUGGUCAGGCCGCAGCAGCAGCAGCAGGAGGGGGCAGGGGAAUACAGGAGCUGAGCGUGGGCGGGGUGAGCGUGGCGGGUGCGAGUCCCAAGGGCAUGGGUGCGGAGGAGAUGGGCAGGCUCAUGGCGUCUGGCAGCCAGAUCGUGGUGUUCACGGAGUCAACGUUCCCUCCUCACAUCACGGCACAUGCUGCCAGGCGGUGGGGCACGGCAGCCCUAGAGAGCACGGGGGAUAUGGAGAUCAUGGGGAAGGUUCGAGUGGAGGUGCCUACGAACCUGGAGGUGCUUUGGUGGCGGGCCCAGUCCUUCCGCUUCAUGCUGCGCUGGCCCUCCCCCUACCUCUGCCACCUCACCAACCGCGCCCGCCACGAGGCCUACGGCUUGCGAGUGGCCGCGCACCUCGUGAACUCCCUCUCGCAGCAACAAGACAUCAUCUCCACCCUCCUCUCCCUCUCCCCCUCCUCCUCUUCUCCCUCUCUCACCGACACCCUCAACCCCGACAACCUUGCCAUCAACACAUCGUCCGAAGCAGCAGUGCUGGCCGCCCUCUCCUUCUCCUCCAAGACCUCUCUCGAGACCAAGUCAUGGCCGGCUCUAGGCUUCGAUGGCUGCACAUCUGAAACCCACGUCUCUCCAGAUGUGGCUAGUCAGCUCGAUCCCUCCUCCUCCACUUACACCUCCUCCUCUGCCUCCUCUUCCUUCUCCUCCUCCUCUCUCACCUUCGCCCCGCAAGGCGUGGUAGACUCGGCAUAUGAGGGCGUGGGGGGGGAGGUGUACAUGCUGCGGCCGGUGGUGAGUGUGCAUGUGCGGCAGGGCGACAAGGCCAUUGAGAUGCAGCUCUCCUCCUUCGCCUCCUACAUGUUUGUGGCCAACCGCUUCCGCCUGCGCACGCCCGACCUGCAAUACGCGUGGCUCAGCACGGAAAUGGAGUCCGUCAUCCAGCAGUCACGAGAAUACAAGGACUGGACCUUCUUCUACACGCGCAACAAGCGGCAGACAGGAGCUGAGGCCAUGGUGGCUUAUGAGCAGGACGCGGGCGUAGAGCAGCUGGUAGGGGUGAGCUUCGCCAACCUCCUUAUAGCGUCGGAGUGCGAUUACUUUUUGGGUCCCCUCAAGUCCAAUUGGAACAGGCUGAUCAAUGGGUUGAGGAUGACAAAUGGCCGCAUGAAUAAGGGCUAUGCUGCUCUUAAUUAUGGAGUGUGGUAAUAAGUACACGUUAGUGUACAUAUGCAGUGUUGUGUUACACAAAUACAUCAUACCGUACCUACUGUAAGGAAAUGGUAUUUCCUUAUCACGGGUUUUAGUCAGUAAGGCGUACGCUGCUCUAACGAGGUUGCCUUGCCACGCAGCUCUGCCACGAAAUUCAAAUCGCGGUCCCAAAUGUGCUAUCCUGAGGACCCUAGAUUGCAGGAAGAUUUUCCUGAUUCAGGAAAAAAACAGGAUUGUUGCUGGCACCAGCCCUGAUUGCACAGGAUUUGGUAGAAGGCAUGUCCUAAUUUUUCAGCUGUUAUUUAUGUCAAACAUAUAUUGUUAUGUUGGUAUAGACU